GCAAAAAUUUCAUACUGAUUUGUUUCAGCAAAGCGUGAAUGAUAAAGAAAACGGGCUUUCUAUGCUGUGUAACGGUUUGCAUCGAUUAUUAAACAGCACUCAAUCGCGAAUUAGGCACGAGUUGAGAAUCCAGAAUGUUCGUUGGCGCGUAAUGAACGGUACAUGGAAGAGCAUGAGCCUCUUCUAGACGUGAUGAGCGAGCUAGCGACGUCGGCCUCGGCCUUCCAGCGACUGUCCACCACCAACGGUCCGGCGGCGGCGGCGGCGGCGGCGGCAGCCACGAGACAGAUGAGCGAUGACGAGAUCAUUGACGUCUCCCUGGCAAGCGUCGGCGGCGGCAGCGGCGGCAGCGGCGGAGCGCAGGCAGAGCCACCCGGCAGCGACAACGAGAGCGACUUUGGCGCGCAUAGUAAGAGCUAUGGAACGUACAAUGCGUCGUCGGAGGACACGGACCUUCCCCUCGGCGUCGGCCAGUACGAGGACUUCCACACGAUCGACUGGCUGCGCGACAUCGCUCGCGACCGCCUCCGCCAUCGGCACAUCGUCAAGAAGAAGAAAGAGUCGUGCUGGGAUAGCCUGAAGGGCUGGCACGACGCCUGGUCGGGCUGGAUGUGCGUGCUCAUCGUCGGAUGCGCGGCGGGUCUCACCGCGGGCGUCAUCGACAUCGGAGCCAACUGGAUGUUCGACAUCAAGAACGGCAUCUGCCCGAGUCAGUUCUACUUCAGCCGCGAGCAGUGCUGCUGGGACUCAAACUCCACCUUCGUGCAGCAGGACUGCCCAGAGUGGCAGACGUGGCCUAACGUGUUUGGCGCGACGGACGCGCACGGCGUCUGGUACUACCUGCUGCAGUACUUUAUGUACGUCUUCUGGUCGGUGUUCGUCGGCCUGCUCGCAGUCACGCUCGUCCGCCAGUUCGCUCCCUACGCAUGCGGGUCCGGAAUCCCAGAGAUCAAGACGAUUCUGAGUGGCUUCAUCAUUCGCGGCUACCUGGGCAAGUGGACGUACGUCAUCAAGUCGGUGACGAUGAUGAUGGCCGUGUCGGCCGGCCUCAGCCUCGGCAAGGAAGGACCGAUGGUGCACAUGGCCUGCUGCAUCGGCAACAUCAUCUCCUACCUGUUCCCAAAGUACGGCAAGAACGAAGCGAAGAAACGCGAGAUCCUCUCUGCUGCCUCGGCUGCUGGUGUGGCAGUUGCGUUUGGAGCGCCAAUAGGCGGUGUCCUCUUCAGCUUAGAAGAGGUGAGCUACUACUUCCCGCUGAAGACGCUCUGGCGUUCGUUCUUCUGUGCGCUGGUCGCGACCUUCGUGCUUCGCUCGAUCAACCCGUUCGGAACGUCUCACCUCGUCAUGUUCUACAUCGACUACAACUCGCCGUGGUUCUUCUUCGAGCUGAUACCGUUCAUCAUUCUCGGCGUGUUCGGGGGUCUGGUGGGAGCAUUCUUCAUUAAGGCCAACAUACACUGGUGCAAGUACAGGAAGGCGUCUAAGCUCGGACUGUAUCCAACAGCAGAGGUACUAGCGAUCACGCUCAUCACGGCCGUGAUCAGUUUUCCGAACGUGUACACGCGCAUAAAUACGAGCGAGUUGAUAGCCGAACUCUUUCAGCAGUGCGGCCCCGAGGACAGUACCGACCUCUGCGACUACAACAGGAACUUUACGAACGUGAACCACGGUUCGGAGUCGGCGGAGAGCGGGCACGGUGUCACGCGCGCCCUCUGGCAGCUCUCGCUCGCACUAGUCUUCAAGCUGCUUAUCACCAUCUUCACGUUCGGCAUCAAAGUACCGGCGGGGCUGUUCAUCCCCAGCAUGGCGAUCGGUGCGAUCGCCGGCCGCAUGCUCGGCGUCGCCAUGGAGCAGCUGGCCUUCCACAACCCGGAGUGGUUCAUCUUCAAGGACAUGUGCAACCGCAACGAGGCGUGCAUCACGCCGGGCAUCUAUGCGAUGGUCGGGGCGGCCGCCAUGCUGGGCGGUGUCACGCGCAUGACAGUUUCGCUCGUCGUGAUCAUGUUCGAGCUUACGGGCGGAAUACAGUACAUAGUGCCCAUCAUGGCCGCUGUGAUGACGAGCAAAUGGGUUGGCGAUGCUGUGCUGAAGGAGGGAAUCUACGACGCGCACAUCUAUCUGAACGGUUACCCGUUCCUCGACAGCAAACUGGAGUUCACCCACACGACGAUCGCGGCCGACGUGAUGAGACCAAGGUAAUCCCCCGCCCGCGCCCCACCCCUGUCAGUGAUCACGCAAGAUAGUAUGACUGUAGAGGAUAUUGAAACCCUGCUGAGAGAGAC